AUGCUAGAUUCAAAUGCCAUGUCAUGGCUCCCAUCUAAGCUUAAGUUCUUAGGUGCUGCCUCCACCUUUCAAUGGUUUAGCCAUGGGCAUGUUCGAUUACUGCAAAUGAGGCGUGUUUUUGUUGGAGAUGUAGUGCUUUUGAAGGAUCCUGAGAAGUCAGAUAACUUUCUGGUCAGAAGAUUAGCUGCUAUUGAAGGGUAUGAAAUGGCGUCUACUGAUGAAAAAGAUGAGCCAUUUGUUCUCGAUGAGGAUGAGUGUUGGGUACUAGCUGACAAUGAGAAGGUGAAGCCCAAGGAAGCCAAUGACAGUCGAACAUUUGGUCCAAUUUCCAUGUCAAACAUAGUUGGCCGAGUCAUAUAUUGUCUGCAAACAGCUGUGGAUCACGGUCCUGUGCAGAACAGUCAUUACAGCAUGAGAAAGGACUCUCCGGUGCUGGAGGUGGAAUUGGAUGUUGAAGAGUUGGCAAAAAAUCACAAAGCAUAG